AUGGAAGAGAAAUAUCAUCAUCACCAACGUUCGUUGAACGGAACGACGUUUUACUUUCUGAACGACGAGAAUGACUUGAGUGACAUCAGAACAGAACUAGAACGGUUAGACGCAACGUGUUUACAACCUCCUCGCGACACUCACAAGAACGUAAACAUAACGCACGUCGUGGCUGAUUACAUAGACGAUUGGGACGACUCGUGGGAGAGCGCACGGGAACGAAUCGAAAAUUUUAGCACAACCACCACCACCACCACCACCACCACAACAACAACAACAACAACAACAACAACCAAAGAACCUUUCGUCGUUUCCGACUGGUACGUGAGCGCGUGCAUUCAGCGACAGCAGCUGGUUCCGUUAACAUCUACAUCGUUGUUGUUUUACGCACCUCGACGAUUUUGGGAAACGCUGCUGAGUGGAUUUGUAUUCGCCCUCGAUCCGAGAACUAAAUUUGAUGACCAAGAAGAACGAUUCGAAAUUAAUAAACUCGUCACGACGUUGGGCGCAAACCCUCACGAUCUCGAACCUCCUGGCACGCCUUUCACGCACCUCGUCGGUCGAAGCAACGUUGAGUUUAGUGGUGUUUCAGUACCGACAACGUACACGUGUGUCACGCGCGAAUGGUUGGAAGAGUGUUGUCGUCAAGGACGAGUGGUUCCCGCGCCGGCGAAGAAAGAAGAGACGACGCGUCCGCCUUUGCAACGAAUCAAUACGUUAUUGAUUGUUGAUGAUGACAACAAAAACAAAAACAAAAGCACAACAAACAAGAAAAAGCAAAGGAAAGUAAAGGUGGUGUCGACGACGACGACGACGACGACGCACGAAGAGAACGAAAAGAACGAAGAGAAUAAAGAGAACGAAGAGAAUAAAGAAAUCAAAGAAAACAAGGAAAAGGAAGAAGACUCGUUCAGCUCGUUCAACGGAGCGUCUUCUUUAUCCGAGUUCAUGGAAAGUAUGGAUAAACGCGCCGCGGCGUUAUCAGAAAGCAAGAGUGGCAACGUCCUACCACGCAAAAAAAGAAACACGGCGAGUGAGUACGUCAAGAACUGGAAACAAGUACAUGCGUACAUCAAGUCCUUCGUCAACCACCAAACCAAUCUCUACGCAAUCGCAGAGCAAAGAUUAGUCAAAGUUUCGCAAACCGAUGCGACGAAAGAGUACCCGUUGGAACACGAUAAAAAAUACAAGCACAAGUGGAAGACUGAGUUGUGCAAGUUAAAGCAAUAUUUGGAUCAAAACGACAACGCCACCGCGAAUAAAAUCAAAGCGAUUUGGUCGCUCGAAUCUUCUUUGCGAUGA